CGGGGGUGACGUACAGGAAGAUGGUCCAAUAGGGUGUUUUCUCAACAGAGAUUUCUCAACAGUAUCUGUAGUACGUUGUGAUUGUAUUACUACCAUCAGGUCUACCAACGCAGUGCCCUGUGAGCCCUGACCUCCUUUUUUUUUACCUGAGAUCUUACUGCAGCCAGAGUCUGUGGGAUGGAAGAGGAAGCUAGAUGCUUCCUGAGGAGUUUUGUGGAGGAGUUUCCAGCUGCUCUGGAGGAAGACAGUCCGCUGCCUGGCAGCCCUCUGAGCCGCAAAGUCUGCUUGGAGGAGCUGCAUGGAGAGAGCCUGGAACUAGGCCUGAGGCUGCUGGCUGCCAGGGGUGCUCCUGCAGCCCUCAGUGCCCUCAUGUGCCAGGCAGCGCUGUCCCAGCUACUGCAGAAUGACCUUUCACCUUUCCAUUGCCCCCAGGAAGCUGAGGUCAACCAGGAAGAGGAGCAGCAAGUCUCUUUUCAAUCAGAGGCAGUACAACGUCUCUUCCUCAACAAGCUGAUAAAUGUUGCGCUGGCAUGGCAUCAAAACUUCCCCAAGCUCCCGUCCUCCCGCUCCCGGUUCCUCCACUGCUCCGUUCAUGCCAUCAGGAACACAAGGCGUAAGAUGGAGGACAAACACUUGGCCCUAGCUGAGUUCAACCAGCUCUUUGGAAUCCAGGACGGAGUGGAGCGUGCCUACUUUGCUGUGUUUGAUGGCCACGGUGGGGUUGAUGCUGCGACCUACGCUGCCACUCAUCUCCAUGUUGUCCUGAGUAAACAGGAGACGCUGCAGAGUGACGCAGUCACAGCCUUUAAAACUGCCUUCACACAAACGGAUGACAUGUUCAGGGACAAAGCCAGGAGAGAGCGUCUGCGGAGUGGCACCACAGGUGUGGCGGUGCUGAUCCAAGGUCAGCAGCUGACUGUGGCCUGGCUGGGAGACUCUCAAGCAAUAUUGGUCAGAAAGGGACAACCCAUAACACUCAUGGACCCCCAUAAACCAGACAGAGAGGAUGAAAAACAGAGAAUUGAGGAUCUUGGUGGCUGCAUCACCUUCAUGGGUUGCUGGCGUGUUAAUGGAACAUAUGCUGUAUCCAGAGCUAUAGGUGACUUUGACCAGAAGCCCUAUGUCUCUGGAGAUGCUGACUGCUCAACAACCCAGCUGUUCGGGGAUGAGGACUAUGUGUUGCUGGCGUGUGAUGGCUUCUUUGAUGCAGUCAAACCUUCAGAGGUGCCACAUCUGGUCCUGAAUGCACUCCAACAGGCUGGUGACCCCGAGGGCGGGGAAGACGCUCCACUGGAACGGUCUGAGGAUGCUAUUGGACUGAGAGUCGCUCAACAGUUGGUAGGUCACGCUAAGGCAGCUGGUUCCAGUGAUAACAUCACAGUGAUGCUGGUGUUCCUGCGUCCACCAGAGCAGCUGCUAGUUGAAGACUCCACCCCAGUAACUGUAAAAACUACUCAGGACUCCACUUCUCAAGAUGCACCAGCAGUAAAGCAGGUCUGCUGCACAGUGCACAGACACCUUCUGCCUGACUCUGCAUUUGUCAACAUAUUUUUGCCCUCAGGUGCUGACAUACAUCAUGCAGAGUGA